GGGGCGGCCAAACCGCGGCGGACGGGCCCGCGCCGAAGCCGCUCUCCGCGCAGAGCGGUGGCUGCGCUAUGGGCAGGAGGAGCCGGCGGGCAGCCGACAGCUCGUCCUCGGGGGAGGAGGAGGAGUAUGUGGUGGAGAAGGUUCUGGAUCGGCGCGUGGUGAGGGGCCAGGCCGAGUACCUGCUCAAGUGGAAGGGCUUCUCCGAGGAGCACAACACGUGGGAGCCCGAGAAGAACCUGGACUGCCCCGAGCUGAUCUCGCAGUUCCUGCGCAAGGACCGCAGGAUGAGGGACAUGAGGGACAUGAGGGACAGCGAGGGGACACGGCCCCGCGAGCGCCCCGAGGGCGCCAAGCGCAAGGGACUGCCCGGCAGCGAGGAUGGCAGAGCCAAGAAAAAGAGAGAGAGCAACGACAUCGCCCGCGGCUUCGAGCGGGGGCUGGAGCCCGAGAAGAUCAUCGGGGCCACCGACUCCUGCGGGGACCUCAUGUUCCUCAUGAAGUGGAAGGACACGGACGAGGCCGACCUGGUGCUGGCCAAGGAGGCCAACCUCAGGUGUCCCCAGAUUGUCAUCGCGUUCUACGAGGAGCGGCUGACAUGGCACGCGUACCCCGAGGACAGCGACCCCAAGGAGCGGGACCCCCCCCGCAGCUAAGCCCCCCCAGAUCUGUACAUAGCCCCCCCCGUGGGGACCCCCGGGCUGUCCCUCUGUCCCCUCCCCAUGUCCCCAGGGCCCCCGCAGCCCCCUGGGGACGGGGGCGGGGUGGCCGUCCCUUCGGGGUGUCCCCAGCCUGUCCCCGGGCCGCGUGCGGGGGGUGGCCCCGGAGUUUGGUGUUUUUUAAAGUCGGUGUUUUUGGUCGGGGCCCCCCCGGGGUGUCCCCGUGUCCCCUCUGUCCCCUCUGUCCCCGUGUUGUCCCCAAGCCCCCCGGAUUUGCUUCCAAUAAACGGUCACUUUUCA